AUGCGCAAUUCUACCCAUCAUGUGGGGACAGCAGUUUCGGAGUCGUCGCAGCUGAUCCAAAAAAGGGCAAGCCAAUACGUGCAAGCGGCUUACUUCACUAACUGGGGAAUUUAUGGUGCUAACUUCCAACCUACCGAUAUUACUCCAUCAGACCUGACACAUAUUUUAUACGCCUUUGCCGACGUCUCUUCCAGCACUGGUACUAUCUCGUUAACCGACAGUUAUGCCGACGAACAGAAACACUUCCCUGGAGAUUCUUGGAGCCAACCUGGAAAUAACUUGUUUGGAUGUUUGAAACAGCUGUAUCUUCUUAAACUUGCCAACAGGAAUUUGAAAGUUCUUCUGUCUGUUGGCGGUUGGACUUACUCACAAUCUGGUCAUUUCUCAUUUGUUACCAAUGCAAAUAGUCGGGCCACUUUUGUUACAAGCGCAGUGCAACUCGUUAAAGAUUAUGGCUUUGAUGGAAUUGACAUUGAUUUUGAAUAUCCAUCCAACUCUGAUCAGGGUCAAGGCUUUGCAGACCUUAUCACUGCAUUGCGGCAAGGGUUCGACAAUCUGAAAACUUCCAACGGUGAUAGUGUAUCAUAUGAAAUUACUGUAGCCGUAUCCGCUAGCGCCGCCAACUAUGGGAAUUACGUCGUUCCCCAGAUGGAUAAAGCAUUAACCUAUUGGAAUUUAAUGUCGUAUGACUAUGCUGGUUCCUGGCUGAGCUGGACGGAUAAUCAAGCCAACUUGUAUGGCGGCUCCCGUACUAAAGUCAAUACUGAUGCUGCCAUAAAGCAUUAUAUUUCUGAUGGUGCAUCUGCGGGCAAGAUUAAUAUGGGUAUACCACUUUAUGGACGCGCAUUCGAAAAUACGAAUGGUCUUGGCGAUUCUUUUAGUGGAGUUGGUCCUGGGACCAUCCAAGCUGGCAUCUACUCUUAUAAAUAUCUUCCACUUGCCGGCGCGAAGGUCUACGAAGAUACUGUAGAUGUAGCAAGUUAUUCGUACGAUUCUACUAAGAAGGAACUAGUGUCGUAUGAUAUCCCAGAUGUCGUAAAGCUGAAGGCCAACUAUGUUGUUUCUAAUAAACUUGCAGGUACUAUGUUCUGGGAGCUUUCGACUGAUAGAACCGGCUCAGAUUCACUUGUAGGCACGGCUGCAGGUGUAUAUGGCACUUUAGAUCAGACACAGGCGAGUUUGUCUUUCACGCACUGUAUAUCAGGCGAAUGCUGAACGUGAAUGUUCCUCAGAACCAUAUACAUUACCCUGACAGCAAAUGGGACAAUAUCCGCAACAACAUGAAUGGAAACAGCCCUCCACCUGCAACUUCAUCCGUCCCUUCGAGUGCUCCAACCUCCACUCAACCCCCUGGUUCGGGUAACUGUGCGGGGGUAAAUGCCU